AUGGGCCGCUUGGACGUGAACGCCCCUGUUCCUUCGAACCCGUACGCUAGCCGCCCUAACGAGAGUUACUCCACCAACAAGAGAUACGAGGACCAGGCCGUCUCCUACGAGGGUCAGCAGCAAUAUGGUAACAAAUACGGCCAACACUCUCAGCAACACGUCUCUGCCCCAUCGGCCAUCCCUGCCUCCCUUUUCAAAGCCCCUCUCGAGUUCGUUGGCCCACUUCUCCGCUUCCACGACAUCGACCAGGAACGACGGCAGUGGUCCGGCUCAGUCCUCAUCGUGUGCCGCAAACGCCCCGAGGAAACUCCAGUCCUCAUGUAUGGUGACGGCAAGUCUGACCCUAGAAAGGCGCCGAUGAGAGAGUUGUUCACUAUCAACGGCAACGUGUUCUACCGCUUUGAUCUCGUCGUGCCACUGGGCUCGGGAGGCGACAAGGCCGUGACGUAUAUCAUCAACAGCGGCUCGCCGUACGUUUUCUAUGUGCCUGCUGCGGGUGCGAACGCCCGUGCCAUGGGAAUGUCAUGCAAUGGUUUCUCCUCGGAUGUCACCAACCCCGAAGAAGCGGGUGGUAUCGCUCCCCUCUGGAAGGAUGUUUUGCGUCGUCACAAGGAACAGCCAUUCCACGUGAUGCUUGGUGGAGGUGAUCAACUCUACAUGGAUCCCAUCUUCACCAGCAACGAUGAGAUUCUCGCAUGGUUAAAGAUUGAAGGGCGAGAAGCAAAGAAGACGGCCCCUUUCCACCCGGCAAUCCAGCACAGUGUUGAGAACUUUUACUUCAACCAGUACAUGAAGUGCUUCUCGGAGGACCACAUGAAGGAGGCCUUUGCUACUAUCCCUUACAUCUUCCAGUGGGAUGACCAUGACAUCUUCGACGGCUGGGGCAGUUACAACGACUGGCUCGCGGAGUGCCCCACCUUUCAAGGAAUCUACACCACCGCACGACACUACUACCUCCUCUUCCAGCAGCACACCACCGACGCCAACCGCCGCAACGACGAGCCCCACGUCUUUGGAGUCAAUGGGAGCUACAGCUUCGUCAAGCAGCUCGGUCCUAGUCUGGCUGUGUUGGGCGUCGACACGCGUAGCGAGCGCACGUUGAACACUAUCGCGUCGCAGAAGUCGUGGGACCAGGCAUUUGCGGCGUUGCAGAAGGUUGCUACACCGAGGCUGAAGCAUCUUAUCGUUAUGGCUGCCAUUCCGGUGGUCUGGCCCCGGCUGAGCACUGCAGAUACCGCUGUUGAAGGCCUGGGCAACUUCCUAGCCUUCGCAAGUGACAAGAUCAACGUCUUUGGCGAGUUUGCCUCGCCCGGUUCCGCCAUCGCUGGUAUCGGCGAGGCUCCGGAACUAGCCGACGACCUCUGCGACCACUGGACAAACGACAACCACGCCGAAGAGCGCAAACAAAUGGUGCUCAGGCUGCAACAAUACGCCCGCGAACACAGCGUCCGCGUCACGUUCCUCUCGGGAGACGUGCACUGCUGCGGUAUCGGGUGGUUCAGGAGCAAACAGCAGGCUGCGGAUCCCUCCACUGAUCCUAAUGUCAUGUGGCAGAUCAUUUCUAGCGCCAUCGUCAACAUCCCACCCCCACCCGUCGUCAUCAAAAUGCUCCACAACAACGCCGGCCCCUACGACCUCACCGACACCGUCGUCGACGAGAUGAUCCCCAUUUUUGCCGAGGAUGUCAACGGCACUCCGCUCGGCGACAGCCAGAACAAGAUCCUCCCCCGACGGAACUACUCCACUUUCUAUGUUGAUCAGCGUGAGGAUCUGCAGUUUGCCCUGCAUGUCGAGCGCGAGGAUAGGACCGCGGAUGCGAAGGAGUAUCCGGUCAAGGUUGUUGCCUUGAGGUCCAGGGGGUAUUAA